GGCCGAAAUAACUACAGACCGAAACCGUGACGUUAUUUGUCAACACUCCAUUUACGCAACCACGGAUUCUCGUGCGUAUAAACGUGAGCACUGAACGUGAGCUUACAAAACCUGGAAGCAGCAGAUCAUUGUGCAAUUGUGGAAGAAACCUUUGUAAACAGUCAUGAUGGAUCACAGAAUAGGCUGGAUAUUUUUAAUCCUUCUGACUUGCUCUGUGUGGCUUGUGAUGGUCACAUUUAAUGGACUUGCAGGUGGUGCAGGACAAGAUCUAGGGAUAUAUAAGAACUCGACUGGAGACAUCUCCGAUGUUUUCAACCUGCAGAUAACACCAGCUGGAUGGACCUUUAGUAUCUGGGGUUUUAUAUAUGCCUGGCAGGCUUUGUGGCUGGUGUAUGGACUAACUUCGAUAUGUCGGAAGACUCGCGGAGGCCACUACAUCUACACGCUCCCUGUUAUGCCUCCAGUCAUCUACGCUGUGUACAUCAUCAACAACCUCAGCAAUAUUGCGUGGUUGUUUGUGUGGGACAGGCAGGAAAUUAUAGCCUCCUUAGUUGUAAUUGCGAUGACACCCCUUACUCUAUAUGUUUGUCUGUAUUUCUCAUUCACCCGCCUGUAUCGCAAUCUAGGUCUCCUUACCAAAGAGUAUGCCACCAAGGACAUCUGGCUGAUCAGAUUUCUUGUUCAAAAUGGACUGGCUAUGUAUGCUGCUUGGACCACUGUAGCUACACUCCUGAAUGUUGCUAUGGUGAUGAUUUAUAAAGGUGGUGUUGCUAAUGAUCUGGCAUGCACCAUCAUCCUUGGUGUUCUGUCGUUUGUCAUCUUGCUCUGGUUUGUCCUGGAUAAUUUUGCCUUUGAUAAAUACACUCGGUACACCUUCACCCCUAACAUUGUCUUUGUUGUUGCGCUUGCGGGGGCUACAUCCAAAAAUUUCAAUGUGGACACUAUGGAGAGAAAUUCCAUUUUCCUGGUGUCCAUGCUGAGCACGGCGGCUGUUCUGCUGCUGUUGAAGCUGUUGAUCAUGGUGUACAGGUACAUCAGAAAACCCAUAAACCCAAGGGUCGAGUAUGAACCCACUGUUUAGAUUCAAACAGUAUAGAAGUAUAAAACUGAAGUCAAGUUAUAGAGAGAUAGUGUGCACACUUGAUUGAUUCAAUGAAAAGUCUAUGUAAAUUUACAGUAUAAUAACUUGUGCAUACAUUUAUCGAUAAGAUAAACAUUUUCCCUUCAGUUGUGUUUAUUAGAAUUAUGAAGUACUACUACUACGCCAAGUAUGUACCCCAAACAUGAAAGGAAACUCACUCCUAUCAACUUCUGCUCUUGGCAGACUACAUGUCGGGCAUAGUUUUGAGUGUACAGUUUGUAAUGGUUUCUUGUAAAACAGCUGUUAUAAAUUUGGCAUAUUCAAUACUUUUUCUGAUUUCAAAAUUGUUGAUAUAUUGAUGAAAGGGGGUAUUGCUUUUUAGGUAGGGAGACAACUGAAUUUUCAGGUGCGAGUAGGGUUUUAUUCUGCUGCCCUUUGAUGUAAUCCUCCAAGGUCAUUAUCACCUGCUGACUAGCAGGAGACAUACAAUUUAUUCCCCUACACUUACUGAAGCUAUUCAUUGAAGUCCACAUUCUCCCUUACUGUUAAUUGUGUGAAAGAUUUGAGGAAUGUAACAACACUUUAUACUGUGUGAAAGGAAACAUUUUCUUAUAAGAAUGAAAUUUGUGGUUGAUAAGAGUGCUAUGAACAGGUAGUCAUUCUAUAUAAUGUAGGACCACGUGUAUCCUGUUAUUAGAACUGGUGCUGUGUGAAUUCUAGUGAAUAUGAACAAAUUAAUUUUGACUGUCAUGUACAUGCACAUAAAUAGUAUUUAUACAUUCAUUUCAUGUUUAUGUAAUAGAAUUAAAGAUGCAUGGUAGUAUGGACAACAUUUUCCAUGUUUUAUGUGACAGUAUUUUUUUUUCAUGGUUGAGGGGUUAAAAGACUUUGUAAAUCCCUAAAAGAACUCUUAUAUUCUUUUUGAAAUAAGAAAACUAAAUUUUUUCAUAUGUAUAUUUAUUUAUUUUUUUUUAUAGGAAAGGUGUGCUAGUCAAGAUCUGAACGAAUAUUUUUCUGUUGAUUGUGAGGUACCUCAUCUUGAAUACUAGAUUGUGACAUUUAAAUUUGGCUGUUUAAAAGCAGCAUCUUCACCUUUCGUACCGUCACAAUGGUUUCAUUUUUAUACAGUGUUAAUUUCAUAAAAAAGUGCCUUUUUGAUUGUGAUAUAAUUAAACAUGUAUAUGACUUAUUUUUGUACUAUGCUAUUAUAUAUAUAUAUAUAUAUAUCCUAGAAAAUAAACAUUACGAGAUGUGCAUGAA